AUGAAGACCACCCCUGACUUGGUCGGGGGUCGGUACAACCCUGGUAUUCCUAACCAUACCAAUGAGGAGAGGAAGCGACGCUUCAGUCUGUCUAUGGAGUUACAAUCUGGGCCUGAGGCUCUUUUGGCUGAGGUGCAAAAUAGAAGCAACGACGACUACAAGGCUAUCUCAUUCCCGCCACAUAAGUUGGACAAGGCCUACCAGCUGCGUAUUUCUUUCGAUACCAUCGAUAUACGCUAUCAUGAGGAGGAGGACCCUUUGCUGGACUUUUCUGAUGACGAUUUACUCAGUAUGAAGAUGCGUCGUAUGUCUGAGGAGUAUGACAAUAACCGAGGCAGACGCAGGGAGUCUGACUUGAAGAUUCCCAGUUCUGUUUCUCCUGCCAGGUCUCCAAGUGCCUCGCCCACGAGAAUGAUGUCGCCACACAGAAGUAUGGCUUCCAUGUUUAGAGGCUACUUAAAGUACCCUACAACCCCAAUCAUCACGCAUAGAGGUACAGCUUUCACUCGUAUUCAUCAUCUUUUUGAGGAUUUAUACUUGGGAAAGCUUGCUCAUCAUGGUUUGGGUCCGGUGUUGCCACGCCGUGUAAUCUUAGUCUACAUUUCUGGACGCAAACAUACCUGGGUUGCUCUUGACUGGAUUCUUCGCAACUUCAUUGAACAUGGUGACUCUAUCAUCAUUGCGUCGGCAAUUAAUCACAAAUUAGCUCCUCCUUCUGAUGGGCGAACCAAAUUUCCUUCUCCAAGUGCCUAUGCUCCUAAGACAGCUAAAGUUAGACAAAGACAGCGGAGCAGGCCCGAGUUUGUCAAGGUCAUUGCCAGAAGUGUGAUGCAUUACGCACUCAAUGUCAUCAAUAAGGACAUUAUUGCCAAAGUCUCUGUUGAAAUCAUCGACAGUAACACAAAGGAUGCGUUGAAGGAUAUGUACAAACUUUAUGAACCCAAUGUGGUUUGUGUUGGAUCUAAGGUCAAUACCAAGAAUAGCGCACCGCUUAAGUCGUGGCAGUCGUCUCGUUUGAGUGACAGAUUGGUGAAGAACUUUCCUUUGCCUGUGAUAGUCGUUCCGGCUCUGAACAUGAGCGAGUUUGAAAAGAAAUUGCAAUCUCAAUUGGAGAAAGAGGCUACUGGAAAGGCUACCAGCUCACUGCCAAUCGAUGAUCUACCACCAGCUGGGUCUGGCAAGUCAAAGAUGAAUAUCAUCAAACCAAAGAAAAAGGCCACCAAGGAUGAUGAUGACGACGAUGAUCUUGAUUCUCUCCUCUCCUCGGACGACGAUGACAGUUCGGUCGCAAGCUUCAGUGCUAAUUCCGUUGCAUCUUCAGCAUCUUAUUCGAGUUUUAAGGAAAUUGCCGACGUCUACAGAGAUUACCGCUUUAAAUUGCAUGACAAGCUUGACUCUUUGAAACAGCAUACCAUAGACGACAAUUACUUUACAAACUUCGCCAAAGCGAUUUCUGAUGACUCUCUUCGUUUAUGUGACGAAUUGAGAGGCAUAGAUCCGGACUUCAAAGGCCAAGGUGCAAAAUUGGCGAGUGCUAUUACCGGAUCUAAUUCUUUUGGUAAAGUUCCUUACAAAACGAAGUCCUUGCUUGAACCAGAGCGUACAGAGAUUAAUAAUGGACCAUCUACAGGAAAGUCAUACAGUGAGUUGAAGAAAACUCUCACUAGAAAUGCUCAGACUAAUAACGACUCAGGAAGGAAUGGUCUGGUGCCUGCUAGUACAGGUACUUCUCCACCACCACAGCAAAUCCUGUUUGGAAACAAUCAGAAUGUUCCUAGCAUCACUAUUGAUGAUAGUUCCAAACCAAGCAAGUCGCCAACGCCGUCUCAAGCACCAAAGGCCAGCGCCCUCAAGUUCUCCGACUUGGACACCCCUAAUAGAAAUAAGGAGAAGACAAAUGGGUUGAAAAAGUUCUUUUCCAAUGACGAACGUUCCUCUCACCACAGUCUGAUCAAGCCUACGAAAUCGAACCCAGAAACACGUAUCGAGAAUGACGAUAAAAAGAAGAAAAAGAAGAAGAAUCCAGAGUUCCAUGUUGGUCGACUGUUGGCAGAGUUCAAUCUCGACUCUCCCCUAGAUGUGAAUAACUUCGGAUUUGCAGAUGACGACAACAAUCAAGGUUCGGAAGGGUUGCAGGAGUUUACGCCAAUCAGCAACACUAUAAAGCAAACAGAACUUCAGCAGUACUCGUUUAAUGUCAAUACAAGUACGGGUUUGGGUGAAUACUAUGAGUUCUUGAUCUUUAUCACAGGUAACAUCUGUGAUCAACCGGACGAUAUGACAGCCAGCGCCAACCAGAGUUUGACACUAUAUUACUCCUUUAAUGCAUCCAUGUUUGAAAACUAUGAGAUGGGUACUAUGGUUCAUUUUGAGAAUGGAUACUUUCAAGCCUUGGCUGAUGUGCCUGUUUCUAGUGGUGAAGACUCUAUCUUAUACAUUGCGGUGAGAGCGCCUGAAAGUACGAAUGUGACGGCAAGAUGGUCCUACGAAAUCGGAGUGUCGCAGAACGAUUUGGUUUAUCAGUGGGAUAACCGGUCAUUUGCCCAGGUAGUGGAUACGGAUGCUGAACUGGCUCUCAUUGUCACCGGUAACUUGUCGUCUAAAUCUGACGGGCAAUUCUCAGACUUCAAUACUUCCUUAUCCAGAUUCCAGCUUUUCAUUUACUCUUAUGAGGAUAUUGAUCAUUUCAAGAACUUGAACAGCUCCUGGUGUGCAGUGAGAAAUGGGCCGGCCCUUCUCAGCACCAGCAACUUUAACACGUCUUAUACUACACGUGGUGGUGCCCUCCGUCAACAGUUUUUAGUUGGAGGGCUAAAUGCAAGUACCAAAUAUGUGGGUUUCUUGGUUUCGGACUUUGCGGGAUCAAAAUUGGGUGGUGCGGUAUAUUCCAAGUUUGAAUUCGAGACCAUGAGCCCGACGUCAUGUAAUUUGAUUUAUGACCUUGAGUUCUGUGAUGAAGUGGCUUAUUCAGUACCAGCGCUGUCUCUAGAUCACCUUUCAGACAAAAGUUCAUUAGCUGGAAUCUAUGAUGAUCAUGCCAGGAAUCUUUAUACCAAUUUUUCCAAGGCCCUACAGCAAAUCGCGUGCAAUACUACGAUGGACGCAAUUUAUUCUCCAAUUCGAAAAUGUUCCGACUGCGCUCUGCUGUACAAAAACUGGCUUUGUUCGGUCUCUAUUCCACGUUGCUCAACGAGAAACAUAACUGGCUACAUUGAGCGUGAGGUUAACGACUCCAGGAACGACUUUGUAAACGAAGAGAUUGUGCCACCACAAAACUACUUUGAAGUUCUUCCAUGUGUUAAUGUCUGCCAGGCUAUUGUCCGUGAUUGUCCAUCAAAGUUUGGUUUCCAUUGCCCACGUAAAAAUGAUUCCAUCAGGUUGUCAUACUUCUGGGACAUUGGUGGAGAGUAUGCUUCCUGUAACUUUGUGGGUAAAUUAAAGCCUGUCAAGAGUGGUGCAUCAACGCUCCAGAUUAUCAACUGGGUCGUCCUAGGAAUAGUGGUUGCAUUAGAGGUCGAGAAGUACCGUCCUUCCAAUCUAGACGAUGUCUAUGGUCAGGAAGAAAUCGUGAAGACCGUAAGGAAGUUCGUUCACGAGGGAAGAUUACCACAUCUUCUAUUCUAUGGACCUCCUGGUACGGGUAAAACGUCCAUGAUUACUGCAUUGGCCAAAGAAAUUUAUGGUCCAAACUACAAGAACAUGGUCUUGGAAUUAAAUGCCUCCGAUGACAGAGGUAUCGAUGUUGUAAGAAACCAAAUCAAGGAAUUCGCCUCCACCAUGCAAAUUUUCAGCCGUGGAUUCAAGCUUAUUAUAUUGGAUGAGGCCGAUGCCAUGACUUCAGCUGCCCAGAAUUCCUUGAGAAGAAUCAUUGAAAGGUAUACCAAGAACACCCGUUUCUGUAUAUUAGCCAACUAUUCCCAUAAGUUGAACCCGGCUUUGAUCUCGAGAUGUACGAGGUUCCGUUUCCAGCCUCUUUCCGAGGAUGCUGUAAGGGAUCAAGUCAAAAGCGUCAUUGCCAAGGAAGGCCUUUCUAUCUCAGAAAAGGCUGAGAAGGCUCUCCUUAAGUUAUCCAAGGGAGACAUGAGAAGAGCUCUCAAUGUGCUACAAGCCUGCAAAGCAGCUCUAGAUAACCCAGAUGACCAGAUCGACGAAAAGAUGAUUUACGAGUGUGUUGGAGCCCCGGACCCAGCUGAUAUUGAAACCAUUCUAGAUUCUAUCCUCCAAGAAGACUGGACCACUGGAUACUUGACGUUCGACAAAUUCAAAAAGACCAAGGGAUUGGCGUUAAUAGACCUUGUCCAAGCCUUUGUGGAGAUUUUACAGGGCUACGAACUUAAGCCACAAACACGAAUCGCAAUCUUGAAGAACCUUGCAGACGUUGAGUACGGCGUCUCGAGAGGAGGCAAUGAAAAAAUCCAAACCAGUGCUGUGAUUGGUGUCAUUAAAGCAGCCAUGGAGAACGAAGCAUAA